AUGGCCUUUGAGACGAUCCGCCGGGGACGGGAGCGACUCAUCGCCCUCCUUCUCACCACCCCCGACCCCAUCUUGGACGAAGUGGCCUCGCUGGGGAUAGUCACCGAGGAGGAGUACGAGGCCUUGGAGAAGCUCUCGGAGCCCAGGGAGAGGAUCCGAAGGCUGCUGAUAAAGAUCCAGAGGAAGGGGGAGCGUGGCUGUGAGCAGUUCCUGGAGUGUCUGCAGAGCCUCUUCCCAGACUUCCCGCCGGAUUUACAGCCCCCAGGACGCCGGUACGUAACUCAGACAAAUGAUGCAGAGAAUCCAGAAGGUGGCACGUCCUCCGAGAAGAAUGGACAAGAAAAUCUAGAAGCUGCUGUACCCUCAGGGAAGAAUGAUCUAGAGAAUCCAGAAAGCGCUGUACUGCAUGGGGUGAAUGAUCUAGGGUAUCCAGCCAGUCGCCCAUCCUCAGGGGACUUUGAUCCAAUGAACCCAGAAGAUGCCAUGUGCUCAGAGAAGAAUGAUCCAGAGAAGCCGGAAGCCCCUGAGAAGCCGGAAGCCGUGCCAUCCUCACAGAAGGGACCGGUAACACCAAAUUCUGCCACAUCCCCAAUGAAGAACGGACCAGAAAACCCAGAAACUGCUUUACCCUCAAAGAACGAUCCAGAGAGUCCAGUGGGUGCCAGAUCCUCAGAGAAAGAUGCAGCUGCUGAGUCCUCGGAGAGAGCAGAUUUUGAAGGUACAGGACGGGUCUCUCGACUUGCGCUGUAG